AUGCCUCUCCGGGGCUCUCUCCCUACUUUAGGGAACCUCCUUCCUCUCUGCCCCCGAUUGCACCCCUGUCGCCCAUCCAGGAGCCAAGCGCCCCCGGCGGCGCGGCCCACCCGGCUCCUCCCCUUCCCUCCCCCUCCCCCCACUUCCCCCCUCCCCGGGCCGGUCCUCGACCGAGUGUGCGGCCGCCGGACCUCCGUAGCCGCUGCCCCCGCGCCCGCGCCGACGCCGUCCGCCCGCCGCGAUCAGACGCUGCUGAGCCCCCGCCGCGCGCCGGGCGCCCGACGCCCAGAGACUCAGGUGAGGAGCCAUUCACUUAAUGCUCCAGCCAAUUCCCAGCUUUGCUUCCAGCGACUCAGGGUUACCCCCGAGACUGCUGCAAAGGGCCCCCAGAGCCGGUGCCAGCGGCCAGACACUUGGAACCUUCGGGACACGGUGAAAGGGCCUUCAUACGGUGGAGAUACACAGCACCUUUCCGUGUGGCUGACUGACGUCACUAAACACAGUCUUCGGGUUUCCCCCGUGUUGCAGCAGAGACUUUGUUGCUGCUGGUUGCCGGCUUCCCGGUGGCCCCCCUUCCGCUGGGGCCCUGGGGCUGAGGGUGCACGGCUGCCUGCCUGCCCCCCCGCUGCCCAGGAAGUGUCUGCCUCUCCAGGAGGACGAGAGACGUCCAGCUGACUUCCCCUCGAUGGAAGGAGUGAUGUGGCUUGCUGUUACCUCAUGGGUGAGCAGAGAGAUGUGCCUGCCAGGCUCAGAGUGCAUGCAGCCUGGCUUUUGGUCCAGGAGGAAUUCAGCACUUCACCAGCUGCCCAGGGAGACAGCAUAAGACACCAUGGGCAGGACGUGUGGGCAAGUGGUCUCUUGGAACUAGUGUGUCCCCUGGUCUGGUGGGGUGGCCAUGUGUGGUCACGUGACCCGCACAUCCUUCAGGCAAUUGUCUCCCCAGGACCAGAGCCUCUGCCCUGGGCAUGCUCAGAGCCUUCAACACAGCCUCCUCCUCCCAAAGGGCAAAGUGGCGCUGCUCAGGGGGCCGUUGGGGGGCCACGGCCUCCGGGCAGCAUCUGGACUGAGGGCCAGGUCGGAGGGAUAGCAGGGCCGUGGGCUCCUAGCGGGCCCUGGUGCCCAGUCACUCCCCCAGAGCCUGGCUGCUGACUGUGGGCAUGUGCUUUAGGUCCUGCAUUUGCUUUCUAACUUGGACAGUUCAUAGUGGAAGGAAUUCAAGAGCAUAUUUGUUCCAGUGUGCUUGAAUAAUGCAGCUGAGCAUAUCACUCACAUCCCUGCACGAAGGAGGCGGCAGCCCCGUGGGGAAAGCCCUGUGUCCUGCGGGCAGCGGGACGUCUUCAUCUGCAGACUGGACUUGCUGCCGGUUGCUGGACCUGGCUGGGGGUUCCCUGGACUGGCAGCCACUUUCCAGAGGUGUUUCUUUCAUACCGAGCAUCUCCACUAGUGCCGUGUGACAGAUAAAAGCUUGAGGAAUAUUCCCGAAGACUCUGCUGUUCGUGUUGGUCUGUGGACGGGUGUCUCUGGGUGUGGACAGUGAGCGCUUGAGGCCGGCGAGCCCGUCCACAGCCCCGCGGUCAUGGCACGAGGAGGGGGUGUCUGUGACGCAGCGUGGUCUUCCUGUGCCCAUCUUCUCUAUCUUCCCCCUGGAGAAUGUCCUGUGUCUGCCGCGUGACUUAGAGUGACUCGAUGUCCUAGGAAGCAGAGGCAGAGGCUGCCCUCAACCUUUCCUGGAUCUGGGCAGACAGGCUGCCCGCCUGAGGGCUUGCUUCAGCCAGAAUCCAGAAAGAGCCCCGUCAUUUUGCAGUAAACAAUGAUGCACCUUUUAUUGCAUUUAUAAAUGUCCCCAGAGGCUAUUACUCAAAAGGGGUUCAGCUAAUAAAUACAUAAC